GGUUCUCUCCAGGGUUGGUGCGGCUUUUGUUCCUUCUCCCAUAAGGAUCAAGUUUUCGAAAACCAGCGGGACCUUCCAUUCCCAAGAUGUCUUCUGCACCUCAGCCUCCAGGUUUACAACGCGAAACACCCAAAGAGAAAGAUUAUCGAAUUCCAGGACUCCGAACUGUUCGAACCACCACCCUGUUCCGUGCUGUGAACCCAGAACUUUUCAUUAAACCUAACAAAGCAGUGAUGGCUUUUGGACUUGUAACAGUUACUCUUUGUGUAGCCUAUAUUGGAUACUUGCACGCGCAACAAGAAAAUAAAAAGGAUCUCUAUGAAGCUAUUGACAGUGAGGGAAACAGACAGAUGAAGCGCAAGACCUCUAAAUGGGACUAAGGAUAGGCUAACACAGGAUGUGUAUGUGCCAACAUGGGAGAGGACUCAAUAUGUUUUUCUGAAUGGUGAUUUCCAGGAUUCUGUGUGGAGAGGCAGUAAUUUUUCUAUCUAAUAAUAAAUAUUUUUUCUUGAAAGUUGCUCUGUUUUGAUCACCAGUAUAAAAUACUGCCACCUGUACAUAUUCUGAAUAAAAGCUAACAUUAUUAAGAACUCUACUGGAAUAUGUGUAACAUUUUGUCUUGCAGAUACUAUGGUAAUAAUUGCUUUGGAAUUUCUUUGGAAUUUGGAAGCUACCAGUCACAUGAUAUCUUGCUGUGUCAGGUUAGAAAGGAGCUGAUUAGCAAUGGCAGAACUGUAAUAUCAGACAGCAGCAUCAUGGAUGAGGAGUCUAUUGUAACCCAUCAUUGGUCAGAUAUUCAGCUUCUGCUUUCUCCUUUAAUAAACCAGUUGUAAACUCCAGACUCCCGGCAUUACAGUUUUUAUAUACAUAAACUAAGCAAGGGACCAUAGAAAUAGGACAUUCAUUCUGCCAGUCCUUGGCAUCUGUGAUUAAAAGGAUGAGCUAUCAGGUAACAGAGACUUCUGCUUGAGGCUCUGGAAAGGACUGGGUUAGAUGGACCAGUAUAAGACACCUCCCUAUGUCUAUACCUCUCCUAAAAUAUUUAGCAAUCAUUUUCCACCAUAUUUUGAAGCCUGGGUGGGUCAUCCUGCUUGCAAGUUAGCUUUGGCCUUUGUGUAAACAGGUUCCUGGUUUAGUGAGCUCCUUCCCGAGGUCACAGCCAUGCAAUGAAACUGCCCUACAGUGAAGCAGAACAUUUUUCCUUCUGUCCUAUUGGCAGUGGCUUUCUGGUGGAAACAUCUUUCUGAGCCCUGCAAUCUCACAGCCUUUUAAUACAGGGUGUCAGCACAAUCUGGGACCUUCUGCACAUAAAGAAAAUGUUCAGCCACCGAGUUGCGGCCGUUGCCCAGCAGGUACGGUUGAGGCCUCUGCUCCUAUCCAUGUUACCCAAAGUGCUAAGGGUGCCAUCAGGAAAAUGGCUGCAUGGCACAUAAGUGAUGAGUUGUGAGUUAGCAGGAUUUCAGAGGACUGGAAAUUGGGGGCUCCUAGCUGCAUCCAAAAUGCAUUUUGGUCCCCACAAAACCCCUGUAUAAAUGCAGUGAGAAUCAUUUCCAAUUGGCAAGGUAUGAACAAUUUUAUGAAUUGUAAGAAUUGGCUCUUUCCAGAGCAUCGGUAUGCCAAAUAAGAGAAGUACUGUAAUUUUCUCUGCUUGCUAGAGAUACUGUGCUAGCCGUGUUCAUGUAAACUGCUCUGAGCAUGAGCUGGUACGGUCCAGCAGAAUAAUUGUAUACAGCAAGGUUUUAGGAAUUGGGCAGCCUUCCCCUUUCUGGAGCCUCCUAAAUGUGUUGCACUGUGAUUGUGUGGUAAGGUUCAAAUGAAAAUGUACUUGUUUGCCAAGGCCUUCUUUGGCUUGCAAUUAAUAACAUGCUAUUUCAAUUCAUCGCUUUUGUGUUGUUUCGUGGAAAUGUAGUUUUUAAAUUGUUUUAAAGGUUUUAAAUUUAUUUAAACUUGAAUACAUUUGCUGUUUUACCUGAAACUCCUUUAAUAAUGUUUUAAUGUUGUAUUUAAGUUUAAUUUUUAAUAUCUUAUGUGAGCCACUUGUAGAUUUGUAAUAAAUGUAUUAUGUUAAUA